AUGGCGAUAUUCCAGAUGGGACUGACCAAAGCUCCUGGACCGGACAGUAUGAAUGCUUUAUUCUAUCAGAAAUUUUGGCAUAUUGUCGGUAAUGAUGUAACUAGUGCUGUUUUGGAUUUUCUAAAUACUGGUAUUUUGUUGCCUGAAUUAAAUUAUACCCACAUUGUCCUCAUACCUAAGGAGGAAGUGCAAGUGAUUUCGGAUGUUCUUGAGUUGUAUGCUGUGGCCUCCGGUCAAUGUAUCAACUUAGAAAAAUCUUCAGUAUUCUUUAGCUCUAAUACAUCGAGGAUGCAAAGGGAUUGGAUAAAAAAUGAGUUGGGAGUUCAGAAAGUAGAGAAAUUUGAAUCCUAUUUGGGCUUGCCCACAUUGAUUGGCCGGUCAAAAUAUCAAGCCUUCUCUUUCCUUAAAGAAAGGGUUUGGAAGAAGAUCCAGGGGUGGAAAGGGAAGCUAUUAUCUAAGGCGGGGAAGGAAGUCCUAAUCAAAGCUGUGGCCCAAUCAAUUCCUACAUACACGAUAGGAGUGUUUCAACUUCCAGUGAAACUUUGUAAUGAACUUAAUAUGAUGUGUGCUAGGUUUUGGUGGGGUCAAUGUGGAGAUGAAAAGAAGAUUCAUUGGAAGAGUUGGGAGUCCCUUGUCCAGCCAAAGAAGGGGGGUGGCAUGGGUUUCAGAGACAUUCGAAGCUUUAACCUUGCAAUGUUGGCAAAGCAAGGAUGGAGAAUGUCAACCGAUCACAACUCUCUUCUCUAUCGGUGCUUUAAAGCCAAAUACUUUCCCCGGUGCACCUUUCUAGAGGCGGUUGAUCACCUAAAUAGCUCAUAUGUUUGGAAAAGCUUACUUGCUGCUCAGCCUAUUUUGAAGAAAGGGUGUUGUUGGCGGGUAGGGUUGGGCUUUUCCAUCCGGGUGUUAUCUGACAAAUGGUUGCCUGGCCAUCCAACUAACAAAGUUCUAGUCCCACCAUAUGAAGUUGAUGAAGAUUGGCAUGUGUCGGAGUUAAUUGAUUGGGCUUCCCUCCAAUGGAACCGUGCCUUCAUUGACAUGGCUUUCAACAGGUUUGAUGCAGAGGCUAUAUACCGGAUCCCUCUGAGUAGGCGGUGUGUUCCAAACAAGCUAUUCUGGCUGUAUAAUAAAAAUGGGAGGUACUCGGUGAGAUCCGGAUAUCAUACAGCAAGGUAUUUGUGGAAUGAGUUAAAGCAGAAUGCCCAGGACGUAUGGGCUGGCUAUCCGCAACGUGCUCUGCAGAAAGGGCUGACUGCCCAGGUCUCUGUUCUUCAGUUGGUGGAGGUGCUAAUGCAAAGGCUGCCUGAGGAUGCUCUAGAAGUUUUUCUGCCACCUGAUGGUUCAACGUAUAAGUUGAACUUUGAUGCGACGGUCUUCUCGGAUGCGUCAGCUUCUGGCGUGGGCGUGAUGAUCAGAAAUGCUGGCGGUCAGGUGAUGGCAGCCUUGUCGUCAAGGGGUCUUGCAGUCUUGGACAGUGAAGAGGCUGAGGUCUUAGCUUGCCGUCGAGCUUUGGAGUUUGCGAUUGAAGUUGGGUUCUCGGACUUAAUUGUGGAAGGAGACAAUGCAAAUGCUAUGAGGUCCAUUGUGUCAACUCAAGAUGAUUGGUCUCGGCUGGGGAUCCUUUUUGAUGAUAUUCGUUGCUUGGCCAGAAGGCUGCGACUGGUGGAAUUCAGGGCCAUUAGACAUGCUGCUAAUGGUGCAGCCCAUUCAUUAGCGCUAGAAAUCUUAGGGAGGAAAUUGUUUGGUUGGAGGAGGAUCCUCCUCCGGCUCUUGAAGCCUUGUAUGUGGACUCAUGUUCUUUGCCUAUAUGAAUGA